AUACUUCUCCUUUAGUUAUCAGAGUAUUACUAUUAAUUGUUAUUAUUUUCACUGACUUGAAUGCUUAACAGAUUUGUAUACUGAUAUAUUGUAUAUGUAUUGUUUAUAUUAUACUAAUUACCCAACCUCAAAAUACUCUUCAUUUUUAUGUUUCACUAAACAAACAGCCACCUUGUUACGUGGUCUGGGUAUACGUGAAUUAAUACCAGAAUUUAAGAAAAGAAAUAUAUCAACUGAUGUACUACAUGAGCUUAGUACAGAAGAACUAAUAAUAUUAGGUGUUGAUCCUCAAAAGGCUGAAGAACUGAAAAAUACUUUAAAUGUCAAAAAAAGAAAGUUUAAAAUUACACAGACAAAUGUUCAAGACAGGCUCCAACAUUUUCUUGAAAUAAUUAAUCACGGAGAACAGCAAUUGUCUCUGAUACAGGCAUUUGUAGCAUAUUGUAGAUUAAGACUCACAAAAGAAAGAAUUAACAUUUUUAUUGAUCCUGAUAAAUGUUUGAGUGCUUCUGAAGUAUUGCCUGUAUCUGUUAGUGCAACAUUAGCAGAAGUGAAAGAAGCGCAAAAAAAUCUUUCUCAACUUCAGGAAUUAAUUCUAAGGCUCAGUCGCAAUAAGAUGGACGGUGGAGCGUACGGUGGAGGAAAGGCUGGAGCCCCUUUCGAUCCCAUUGCCUUCGUCCAAAGGCCUCAAGUCAUCUUAAGAGUAGUAUGCCUGCUGUUCGCAAUAAUUGUGUUCGGAUGCAUAAGCAACAAGGGGUACAAGACAGGACCAGACGAAAAAGAGGUGUGCCUCUACAACGAGGAUCACAAUGCUUGCAAUUAUGGAAUAGGAAUUGGAGUUCUCGCCUUCCUUGCAAGUAUCGGAUUCCUUGCUGGGGAAUACCUCUUCGAGCAGAUGUCCUCCGUUAAGACCAGGAAACACUUUGUUCUUCUUGAUUUAGGCUUUUCAGGCUUCUGGGCAUUCCUCUAUUUCGUCGGAUUCUGUUAUUUAACCAAUGCUUGGAAUAACUCGAAAACACCGGAGGACAAUUAUGGCGUGAACAAUGUCCAAAGCGCCAUCGCUUUCUCCUUCUUCUCCAUUUUCACCUGGGCUGGCUGUGCCUGGUUCGCCUUCCAAAGAUUCAAGCAAGGAACCGAUGCUGCUUUUGCACCCAGUUACGAAGCUGAUCCAGUUGGUGGAACAGGAUAUACAAGUUACCCUGACGCGACUGAUACAGGCUAUCAAGAGCCACCAUUUGGACAGCAACAACAACAGCAACAGCAACAGCGAAUGCCUGAUUUCCGAGCCCCGACUUACUAACCCUUUCACACCUAAUUUAACGCUCUCGACACAACGCAAGAAAAUAAAUAGAAAAAAAGAAGAUAGAAGCUCUGUGAAGAGACAUUGAAUAAUGUCGAUAAAGUAAAUUUUCAUAGUACGACAACUAGUGAUUGAAGAGGGGACAAGAAAACGGGCAAACGAGGGAAACAAAGAAGCAGGCUAGCAGAAGAUAAGAAGGGAGAGAAAGGGAGAAUGUUCACGUAUAUAUGUAUGUGUGCCUGAGCGUGCGUGUACAUGUGUGAAAGAGAAGAGAAAUACUGAAUGAAUGUGUACAAGCAAAAAAAAAAAGAAACAACAAAA